AGCCAACCGCAUUAGACUGACUGUAUGUAACAUCAUCAAUUUUACCUGGACACUUACAUGUUAAGCUGUUAUACGGGAUAUCGCUAACGCGCGUUGAUAACUAGGACAUCUACUGUUUGCUCUCCAAUGGAGGGUGACAUCUGCAGAGUGUGCAGAUCGGAGGGCACUCAAGAAAGGCCUCUAUUUCAUCCUUGUGUUUGUACCGGAAGCAUAAAGCACAUUCACCAAGAGUGUCUUGUGUUGUGGCUCAGUCAUAGCGGGAAAGAGUAUUGUGAGCUAUGCAAGCAUCGAUUUUCUUUCCAGCCAAUCUAUUCGCCCGACAUGCCGUCCCGCCUGCCUAUUAGAGAUGUUAUCAUUGGGUUGUUGAAGACGGUGAAAGUCGGUUUGAAAUUCUGGCUACACUACACGUUGGUGGCUAUUGCAUGGCUUGGUGUUGUACCACUAACAGCAUGGCGUGUAUAUAAAUGUUUAUUUCAUGAUGGUUUAUCAUCUCUACUUAGUGUUCGUCUAUUACUUUCACCGGAGAACGUUCUUACUGAUUGUGUGAAGGGAUGCUUUGUAGUUGCUUGCACGUUAUGCACGUUCAUCAGUUUAGUUUGGCUUCGUGAGCAAAUCAUCCAAGGAGGUGGACCCGAAUGGUUGGCACCUCUGCAGCCGUUGUUACCUGAUGUACAUAUGAAUGGAAGACAAGAGGGUCAGGGAAAUGAGGAGGAGGAGAGAGAGGAAGAUGAAGGUGACGAUGGCAAUGAUGACGAAGAGAGCAAUGAUGAUGAAGAUGAUGAUGGGGAUGCUAGAGAUGAUGAAGAUGUGGAGGAACGGAAUGCAAAUGGAGAAGAGAAUGAUGUUGAUGCAGAGGAAAGUGACAAUGAAGACGAAGAAGAACAAGCUGCACUUGGAGACGAGGCCAGAAAUUGGAAUCCAAUUGAUUGGGAUAGGGCAGCUGAUGAGCUAACGUGGGAAAGGAUGCUUGGACUGGAUGGCUCACUGGCAUUCUUGGAGCAUGUAUUCUGGGUCAUCUCACUCAACACCAUGUUCGUCCUUGUAUUCGCGUUCUUGCCUCACAACAUCGGCUGUUUGGUUGUACACACGUUUCCCUCGCUCAAACGACUGUUUGAAGUAAGUCAGUUUGAAGGCUUCCUGAGUACUCUGACAGGCUACUUGGUGCUAGCAAGUCUCCUCUCAAUGGGAUAUAUCAUUGUCAGUCUCUUCAAUGCUCCAAGAAUGCAGCGAUGGCUUGGACUGUUUUAUACAGUUGUGAAAGUGUCGUUACUGAUGAUGGUCGAGGUGGGAAUUUUUCCAGUUGUCUGUGGCUGGUGGAUUGACAUUUGCUCAUUGGAUUUGUUUAGUUUCACUUUGAAAGACAGACUUGAAGCGUUUGCAGUUGCACCAGGAACAACAAUGUUUAUUCACUGGCUUGUCGGCAUGGUUUACGUCUUCUACUUUGCAUCAUUUGUCUUACUUAUUCGAGAGAUCAUUCGUCCGGGUGUUCUAUGGUUUCUACGCAACUUGAAUGAUCCCGACUUUCACCCAAUCCAAGAAAUGAUCCAACAGCCGGCAUACAGACAUGCCCGGAGGUUCCUUUUAUCAUCGAUAAUAUUUGGAAGUGCAAUUUUGGUCAUCAUUUGGUUUCCUGUUCGGGUCAUGCUUUUGUUGUUGCCGUCGUUUUUGCCAUAUAGAGUGCAGCUAUCAAGUAGGCAAUCUCCAAUGAGUGAGCUGUCUCUGGAGCUCAUCUUACUGCAGGUUAUCUUGCCUGCUGUGUUGGAGCAAGGUCACACGAGGGGAUUUGUGAAGGCAGUCACCAGGCAGUGGGCAAUUUCUGUAGCCAGUCUGCUUAACUUACAUUCAUACCUGCUGGGGAAGAAAAGUCCACAACUUACAGAAAACGCAGCAUCAGUACAACAGCCUGAGCCGGCUAACAAUCAACCUGCAGCAAACGAGCUUCCACCCAACGAGCAGCAGGAAAAUGAAGUUGAACACAACAACAACAACAACAACAACAACAACAACAACGACAACAAUGAAGUACAGCCAGUGCAGCAGGUCGCUCAAGUACUUGGUGCUGUGGGGGACGAUGCACAAGCUCAUCUUGCUGCUCGUAAUCCUCAUGCCCAACCGUUUGUAGCCUUUGAACCGUACGAAAAGCCGUCCAAUUUCCAUAUUAGGGUCAUGUGUCUUGUUGUUUUGAUGGUUUUGACGAUCAUCUCGGUCAGCGUCUUUAUUUUGACUGUACCAGUAAUGACGGGUCGAUGGCUGCUGGAAAUGUGUCUCGGUCCUGGCGUUGUACAUGAGAUGUACACUGGUGCAGUGGGCAUAUAUGUGAUGUGGGUAGCGACUCGUAUUGCUUCGGCCUUUUCUUCGUGGUUUCCUCAAGGUGGACACGUCGUUAGGGAGAACAUUCUGAGGUGGAUAUUCAAGGCAUUGAGAUUCCUCAUUGCCUUUCUCUUUCUCGGCAUCAUCAUUCCUCUGCUUCUCGGUUUGGUAUUUGAGUUGGUCUUCAUCAUUCCACUACGAGUCCCAUUUGAUCAGUCACCAGUUUACUUUCUCUGGCAGGAUUGGGCGAUGGGUGUUCUCCAUACAAAGAUUUUCUGUGCGGGUGUUUUGCUCGGUCCCAAUGGGAGACUCAAACGCGCUAUUGAGCAGAUGUGUCACGAUGGAGUGCAGAACAUUCGACUUGAUCUUGUCAUUCGUCACGUGGCCGUUCCCAUCAUUUCUUGUCUUCUUCUACUUCUCUGUGUUCCGUACAUCAUUGCGGUGGGACUCAUUCCAAUGAUCGGCGUGUCUGAUUACGUGCAGAACGUAAUCUAUAGGAGGAUCUAUCCGUAUAUGGUUGUGCUGUUUGUAUUUCUUGUUGUCGUGACGUUCCAGUUUCGACAAGUGGGGCAGUUGUUUAGAUACAUUAGAAAUGACAAAUAUUUAGUGGGUCGACAGCUAGUGAACUACGAACCUCAAACCAACACCACAAACAGCUGAUAAUGACAAGUGGAUUGAUUGCAAAUAGUUCUGGAAGUUAAUAUCCACACACUGUCUAUACAUUUCAAUAU